AUGAAGUCAUUACAAAUCUUCCUGAUCUUAGCAAUGGCGAUGGCUUUGGCCAUUACUCUUGCGGCAGCACCAACAGAAGAAGAACUACUGUCGGUUGAGUCAGUGGUAGAGGAGGAUGACACAGUUGACACUUCUACACUAUCCUUGCCUGAAACUGAGCAACCAUCUUCUCUCCGGGGGACAAGCCGAUUCCUCGCACAAGCUAAGGCCCGGAGGACUGUAAUGACAUGCAAUAAGUUUCCUAGAGUUUGUCGCGCAAAAGGGAGUCCUGGGCCUGACUGCUGCAAGAAGAAGUGUGUGAAUGUGUUGACAGACAGGCUCAACUGCGGGAUGUGUGGUAGGAAGUGCAAAUACUCACAGAUAUGUUGCAAAGGUGAGUGCGUGAACCCAUUGAUGGACAAGAAGCAUUGUGGGCAGUGCAACAACAAGUGCAAGAAGGGAAGCAAGUGUGUGUAUGGGAUGUGCAGCUAUGCUUAAUUAACUAAUUAAUGGCUGAUUGCUGAUUAAUUCUCUAGCAAUUUUAAUUCGUUAAAUAUGUAAACAAUAAAGGCGGGUCAUCGAUCUCUCUUCAGAGUUCAGAUGACCUCUGCAGCAAGUUGUUGAUCUCUU